AUGGCAGCGAGCGAGAAGCGUUCGCCGUCGGUGGAGCGGGAAGAGCGUACCAUCAACCACGUCGACAGCGUGCUUCAGGACGAGAAGCCCGUUGCCCAGGAUGAGGAGAAUCGCGACUGGACCGGGUCCACGAAGAAGACCGACCCCGAAGAGAUCAAACUCGUGCAGAAGUUGGAUUGGCGGAUAAUGCCGACACUCUGCGUCAUGUAUUUCCUGAACUAUGUUGAUCGUAACGCCAUCGCCCAGGCCCGACUUGAUGAUCUAGAGAAGGAUUUGGGUAUGUCCGGCACACAGUUUAACACUGCAGUUUCAAUCCUCUUCGUUGGCUACGUCCUCAUGCAGAUUCCCUCCAAUAUGUUGAUCACCAGAAUACAGCCAGGCUUGUACAUGAGUGCAUGGAUGCUUGUUUGGGCUGUGGUCUCGGGUUGCACGGCUCUGGUCCAGAACUAUGGAGGUCUCGUUGCUUGCCGCUUCUUCUUGGGUAUCACCGAGGCUCCUUUCUAUCCCGGCGCCACCUAUAUGCUGUCAAUCUUCUACACUCGCAAAGAGGUCGCAUCCCGCAUCGCUGUUCUCUACUGCGCCCAGAUUCUCGCCACCGGCCUCUCCUCCCUCAUCGCUGCCGGUAUAUUCGCCGGCAUGGGCGGUCUCAACGGCAUCGCCGGAUGGCGCUGGUUAUUCAUAGUCGAAGGUGCCGCCACCGGCGUCGUCGCCCUCUUUGGUUUCUGGCUCCUCCCCAACACGCCUCUGACGACGCGCUGGCUGACCGAGCGCGAGCGCGAGCUCGCCCACUCCCGCAUGGAAAAGGACAAGCUGUCGGACUCGGACAACAACAAGGCCUCGGCCAUGGACGGCCUCAAGCAGGCGGUUCGCGACAAGCGCACCUGGCUGUUCUGCCUCAUGCAGAACUUCCACCUCAGCGCCUGCUCGUUCAAUUCUUUCUUCCCCACUGUCGUAAAGACCCUUGGCUUCAGCACUACAGUCACACUCCUGAUGACCUGCCCGCCCUUCAUCUUCGCAGGUGCUGCUGGCAUCUUCUUCGGCUGGAGCUCCGGCAGACUCCAUGAGAGGACAUGGCACAUCACCGCGGGUCUGGGCAUUGCUAUCGUUGGUUUUGUCAUGGCUUCCUCUACACUCAAUACGGCGGCUAGGUACAUUGCAUGCUUUAUCUUCGCUAUGGGCGCCUACUCUGUGAACAGCGUUAUCAUUGGCUGGGCCUCGUCGACUCUCUCACAGACCAAGGAGAAGAAGGCAGUUGUUCUUGCCAUGACCAACGUCGGGGGACAGAUCGGCUACAUCUACGGCGCGUACCUGUGGCCCAGCACUGACUCGCCCCGCUACGCCAUUGGCUUUGGCGCUUCGGCCGGCUUCUCACUGCUCUCAAUCUUGUGCGCGUGGUGGAUCCGUGUCUUGCUCGUCAGAGAGAACCGGAGGAUCCGGGCGUCCACUUCGGAACAGGUCAACUUGUACGGGUACUAA